UCAAUAACAGUAAUAGUCUUGCCAAAAGUGGAGAGGAUGCAUUCCCUAGCUCUUGGGGAUAGAUGUGGCUUCAGAAGCCCCCCAAGGAGUUAUCUGGAUUUCAAGCUGCCAAGGCUAUCAAGUGGCCAAGCUUGAGGUGGAGGGAAAGAGUGUGCCUGGUCUGGAGGGGAGUGAACUAAGACUCGUGGCGGAAGAGAGAAAGGAAAAGAGGGCGGGAGGAGGGAAGGGAGGAGGGAAAGCGAGGGAGAGCGCGACUUCCUCAAAGUCCCGGAGAGCAAAGGCUGCAGCGACUGGUCCUUGUGCGUAAACUUUGAGCCAUGCGCGUCCUGUGAUUCAGCCCGGCUUGUCCUGAGGCGAGGAGGGGAGAGCCGACGCCGCUCAAACAGCACUCAGUUAAUCACCCUUCCCUUGCUUACAACCCAGGGAAGGAGAACUGGAGAAGAAGGAAGCCUCCGCCUGAAACUCCAGCAGCACUUCGCGCUGCAACUGAUUCUCGUCCGGAGAGGCAUCGCAUCCGAGCGCUGCGCCACGAGCCGGGAUUUCCUUUCCGAAAGAGAGAAAGAAAGAUUCAAGCAAUGAUGAAAACUAUGUCCAGUGGGAACUGCACCUUGAAUGUGCCAGCCAAGAACUCCUACCGGAUGGUUGUGCUGGGAGCCUCCAGGGUCGGCAAGAGUUCCAUUGUCUCACGGUUUCUCAAUGGUCGUUUUGAAGACCAGUACACACCCACAAUUGAAGAUUUCCAUCGCAAAGUCUACAACAUUCGUGGUGACAUGUACCAGCUGGACAUUUUGGAUACUUCUGGGAAUCACCCAUUCCCUGCCAUGAGAAGACUUUCUAUUCUCACAGGCGAUGUUUUCAUCCUAGUCUUCAGUCUAGAUAACAGAGAAUCCUUUGAUGAAGUCAAGAGACUGCAGCAACAGAUCCUUGAAGUCAAGUCAUGCCUGAAAAACAAGACUAAAGAAACAGGUGACCUGCCCAUGGUGAUCUGCGGCAACAAGCAUGAUCAUGGUGAACUGUACCGCCAAGUGAGCUCUGAAGAAGCAGAGAAGCUCGUCUCCAGCGAUGAGAAUUGUGCUUACUUUGAAGUCUCCGCCAAGAAGAACACCAAUGUGAAUGAGAUGUUCUAUGUGCUUUUCAGUAUGGCCAAGCUGCCCCAUGAGAUGAGUCCUGCCCUUCACAGGAAGAUCUCUGUCCAGUAUGGUGACACCUUCCACCAAAAGUCCUUCAGGAUGCACAGAGUCAAAGAGACAGAUGCUUAUGGCAUGAUCUCUCCCUUUGCUCGGAGACCCAGUGUCAACAGCGAUCUGAAAUACAUCAAAUCCAAAGUCCUCAGAGAAGGGCAAACGAGGGAGAGAGAAAAAUGCACAAUCCAGUGAAAGGAACUCUGCUGAGAUGGAGUAUGUAGAGUUUGCACAGUGCCUUAAAAAAGAAAAUGGCUGAUCCAAGAAGGUUGUCAAUGGAUCUAUGAGGGCCAAGCAAUGACUGAAAACCACAGUCAUGAGAAUAAGGCUUGAAACCACUUUGUCAACAGUACCGUACCACUGAUGUAAAGAAGUGAUUUCAAAGGACAGUAUUGUAAAUACUUGAAGCUGUCUGGUAAGCAGUUACCACAUGCAGCACUUAUGACUUGUUCUUUCGUUAUUAAAAAAGCACCCUGUUUCCUAUUUGUUUUUGUCUUCUUUGAAGAAACUGGGUGUAUAAAGAAGGCUGAAGAUCAGCACCAUGUGAGAAAAUUUGCUAAGGAUAACUGUGACUGGAUAGUUUUGCUGAAUUUCCAGGAUACAGUGGAUAGGUUUUGCAGUCAAGAUGAAAAACGGAGGAGCUUUUCUCCAAUUCUUCUUCACAAAGAAGACUCAUGGUGCAACUUCCUAUCUUGAUGUAAUGAAUUGAGAGUGGCUUCCAAGACCAUUUGUAUGUACAUAUCUAUAUGUAUAUAUCUGAUUGUCCUUCAGUGAAUUUGUCUGGUCUGAAGAAGGAAAAUGCACUUUUUUAACAUGGCAGUGGCAAUCCUUGAUAGCAUCAAAGCAAAUAUCACUUUGUAUUCUGGCUUUAAUUUUGUUUUUGUUUCUCAAGCAAAAGCAGAUGGCAAACUCUCUGUUUUAAUUGAAAUGUGAGCUAAUCUGCUAGUAUGAUCUGAAAAUGCCAACUGUUUCCAAGUUACAUAAUAUGUAUAGUAACUUUAACUUGUACUGUAAAACCCAGCACAUUUGACUGCUUCAUGUGAUUUUCUGUUCCUAAGAGGAAUAUCUUGAGGGGAAAUUUGACUCUUUACACUCCAAAUACCACCCCUCUUCACUUAGCAUAAUAAUGCUUCUAUUCAGUGCUCUGUCCCUCAAAACUAGGGCUUGGUAAUUUUAUUGGACUAACUUUUUAAAACUCCCAAAUGAGUAUGGACAGCAGCCUCCAGGAGUUCUGGAAUUAUAAUACAAAAAGGCUAUUCUCCUAAGCCCUGCUGACAACCACAGUGGCUAUGUAAUAUCGAAUCUCAUGAUCUGCCUGGUGCCUUGCACAGUUUUCCCACAUCAUAGUUAUUUUCCCGGACUUACAUCUGUGUCACUCUAUGUUUGCUGGCUGUGUCAGAUUUUUAUAGAUUUUUGGGAUUUCUGUGAAAUGGCAGGAAUCCAUGCUUUCCUCCAUUUCACAGAUCCUCAGAUCUCUCUCCAGCCUCACAUCUCUUUCCAAUCUUGUAUCUUAUUUGUUUGCUACUUACACUGUGUAUAAGAAGCUAGGCUGAAGAGGGACUGAGGAUCUGAAAGACUGAGGAUAUAGGGGGCCUUAUUUGGGGGUGGGUAUGUUACUAUACAGGAGAUCUCUGGGGAGCCAGCCAGCCACCCAUUUCCACCUUGUAGACAAACAAGCAAGAGUGUUGCACUUGCCCCUUAAAUGUGAAAGCAGGCAGCUGAUGACAAAAAAGUUUCAUAUUUUGGAGCAUUACAGACCUCAGAUUUUUGGGUUCAAUGCUCAACCGUAUAGUGACCUGAAACUGAAUCCAAUCUAAAUUUGUCAAAUUUUAAAUAGCAGUGAAAGGUCUGAUCCCUGGAUCUGAUUUAGCUAAUCAAAUAAAACAAACCUGCAAAAUUCAGGUUGUCUUGAAAGUCACAGCCACUGUUGAUGUGAGUGCCAGAGUACAAUGCGCAAGUUUAGUUUGAUUUCAAGAAUGUCAAACAUUUUUAAAAAAUCAUAAUACAAAUGGUUUUACUCAAUGUAUCUUUUUAUGCCAUAGUCUGCCUUGGUCCAGUUCUGAGUUUUGUGCCUGUUGCUCUUGAUAUAUAGGGGGCUAGCACCAUAAGAAUGGGAUAAAAAGGGGGACGCUCCAGCCUUCUUGAUUCAUAAUAUUCCCAUCCAAAUGUCCUCUGCCUCUCCCACUCUCCUUUCCCUCUGCCUCUCCCACUCUCCUUCUUUUGUUCCUUGGCGUGCUGGGACAACAGUGUGCACUGAUAAUAGUCAUUUUUAAGGGAAAAAAUUACCUCAAACAUGAAUGUGCAUUGAAGUGUGUUUGUGUGCAAGUGUGUGUGUGUGUGUAAAUAUAUAUAGAUGCACGCAAUGUAUGUUUGUAGCAGGGAGAAGACCUCAGUAAUGUCAACAUACUGUGUGCACAGUGUGUAUUGUAGAUAUUUUAGAUAUUCUGUACCAGCCGUUGAUGAUAUGACACCUCUGUGUUCUAUUAUACCUCAUGUUCUGUAGAUAUGUAAAUGGUACUGUGUGCUCUAUGAGCCGUACUGAGGCUGAAUGAAUGUUCACUCUGAUAUCUGACUGGCAACAAUGUUUGAAGCAUAUAUGCAGAGGUCCUUAACAAAUAAAAUUACAAUCCUUCUAUUCCUCAACCACAUGCCCUUCUUUGCCUUGCAAUGUAAAAAAAACAGUAUUGUCUAAUUUCCUCUAGUGCCAUGGCAACUAUCUAUAGUAUUUUCAAGUGACUAAAAACUUGUACAAUAAAAUAUAUAUAAAUAUAA